CCCUUCAAUUUCUAAAGGAUUCCUAAGGAUUCCUAAAAGCUGCAAACAACUGUACUUGAAAAUAGGAAUUUACGUCUAGUAUUCGUCUUGUUCCAGAAGUGGGGGAUUUAGAUCCAGUUGACUAUAUUAAGGAGCCCACAGAGGGUUGACAUGUCAUUUGCGGGAAAGUGCGUUAGAAGAUUGGUUUUCCGUUCUCGUCCUUUCGAUUUUUGGGUGAUUUUUACUUGUUCGUUUUGGUGAUAAUUGUUAAUUGGAAAUGGCAGUGGAGUGGAUUAGAAAUAAUAUGUUGUUUUUCAACAAUGACCGUAAUAGGCAAUUGACGGAAACCGAAUUGAAAGUUCAGCGGUCUUUUCAAAAACUUUCCAUACCAGAUUGUCAUUUAAAGAAACGUUCGAAUCCACCAAAGAUAUUAAACGUCAUGCCGAUUGAAUAUCGUCUAUCAUCAUGGAAGAAUCCUACUUCUAGAAGAAACUGUACAUCAAAUUCAUCGUCUUCCGAUUCGAUAGAUAUAUCUUUACAUGCGAAGGAAAAUGUACACGAGAACGCUAAGAAAGUGGCAUCGCCUAUAACAUCCUUCAAGAAGAAAAUAUUUUGUCAGCAAAUGUUACCAGAAACCGAACACACGAGAUCCUCGACGAAGUCUUCUUCACCCAAGGAAGAAAUAUUGGACGUGAACAUUCCAAUAAUAAAGUUCCCUAGAAAAAUUUCCAAAACUUUUCCUAAAAUAUCGCCUUCUAGAAAAAUCCAGAACAUAAAUCUCGUUCUCCCACCCGGUCCGAAGAUUGAAUUUCCAGAAGACUUCGAAGACAUGUGUAAUGACGACUAUAACGGUGACGAUAAUAGAGAGACGUUUGUUUUAAAGGAACGACCAUUUAACGUUGAAAGGACUACUAAGAUUGAAGAUUUAAGAAACAUCGAUGUGAUAAUAGACAAAAGAAGAGAGAAUAGACAAACGAAUGUUAGCUUUCAAGCUUCCCAAGCUGUGACAACUCCUUUAAAUACGCCAGAUGUGGAGCCAAAACUUUUCAAAUAUCAUGCCAAAUCUACUCCAAAAUUCUCUCAAGCUUCCGAAGUUGUGACGACUCCUUUAAGUACGCCAGAUGUAAAGCCAAAAAUUUUCAAAUAUCAUGCCAAAUCUACUCCAAAAUUCUCUCAAGCUUCCGAAGUUGUGACGACUCCUUUAAGUACGCCAGAUGUAAAGCCAAAAAUUUUCAAAUAUCAUGCCAAAUCUACUCCAAAAUUCUCUCAAGCUUCCGAAGUUGUGACGACUCCUUUAAGUACGCCAGAUGUAAAGCCAAAAAUUUUCAAAUAUCAUGCCAAAUCUACUCCAAAAUUCUCUCAAGCUUCCGAAGUUGUGACGACUCCUUUAAAUACGCCAGAUGUAGAGCCAAAAUUUUUCAGAUAUCAUGCCAAAUCUACUCCAAAAUUCUCUCAAGCUUCCGAAGUUGUGACGACUCCUUUAAGUACGCCAGAUGUAGAGCCAAAAUUUUUCAGAUAUCAUGCCAAAUCUACUCCAAAAUUCUCUCAAGCUUCCAAAGUUAUGACGACUCCUUUAAAUGCACCAGAUGUAAAGCUAAAAUUCUUCAAACUUCGUGCCAAUUCUACUCCAAAAUUCUCUCAAGCUUCCGAAGUUGUGACGACUCCUUUAAAUGCACCAGAUGUAAAGCCAAAAUUCUUCAAACUUCGUGCCAAUUCUACUCCAAAAUUCUCUCAAGCCCAGCUAUUUUCAUCUGCUAUGAUCGAAAAUAAUCAAAAAGAGAAGAUUAUUUCACCCAGCAUACUGGAGAAAUCUUUGAUCUUCGAAAACAAGUCAAUGAAUGUGUCGAACAAGUCUGGGAAUAUUCGAAGAUCUAAGAAGAUAUCUCCGAAUCUUCUGGAAAAGACGUUUAUCUUUGAAAAGAGUUCAACGCACAACAGUUUCCAAGAAUCGAGUAACUCCACAAACUUAGAGCUUCCGUUACGGAGUAAACAAGUGAAUCCCAAGAAGAAUAUGGUUCGAGAGAUCGUCCGAAACUUAGAUGAAAAAGAGAGAAAAUCGUUGCAGCAUCGUCAUAGCCAAGAUGAUAAGAAAAAGUGCUUUGUGAAACAAAUAGUGAAUGCUUUGGAGAAGAGAAACAUUUCUAGAAUGAGAAGCCUACCACCAAGAAGUUCUAUAAACGACGAAGACAGCCCCAGCGAAUCGGAGACAAAAUCCUACUUCACAUCAAACUCCCCCAAGGAUACGGAUUACAGUGAUUAUGGUCGAAGAUCGCCGACUCUGAGCAGCGACGACGAUCAGACAUUCAAUUCUGAAUACUUUAAAGAAGACACGUUGAAAGUCAAAGAGAAAGGUACUGGAGAUGAUUCUGUUUAUUGGAUAUCCAUACCUAGAUGUACAGUACCAAGAAGUAGUUCUCUAUUGAGCGUGGUCUCCAAAUUGUCUAGCCAUGGUCACUCUCCAUGUAUCAGUCCGAUUAAAAGCCCGAAUGAAAUCGAAUAUUCAAUACAAACAAGCUGGGGAGCUACUUACAAGACGAGCAACCCACUCUGCAAGAAAUUGUUCCACGAGACCGUAGUGAUAGAUUCGGGAUACUCUGAUUAGAGUGGAUCUUAUCUUUCGACCAUUGAGAUUUUGCCAUGGUAGGGAGUGCAUCAAAAAUUUCUGGUAAAAGCUUAUUUACAUUCAAUAGUUAUCAGAGAAAAAUGUAGGACUCUUUACGAGUGAUUAAGUCAGUAAAAGUCAAAGAGAGGAAUUUGCGAAUUAUUUCAUGAUUCAAUUUGACGUAAAAUGUAAUCUGAUUGCCAGAGAAUUUAUUUCUAAAAUCGCGGAUAUCUGGAUAUUUGCUUCGAUACUUUCCAGAUGAUGCUGCCAGUGACUGGAUAUAACGAGUAUCAUAUUUUUUGAGUAUUCUGUAAAUAUAAAAUAAUAAUAUUGUAGUAUAAUAAAAUUAGAUAUAGUAUAUGUAUAUAAUAAAAUUUAAUGUAUAUGUAUAUGUAAUAAUAGGUAUAUUGAAUAUUAUAAAGACUGGAAAGAUCGAAGUUACAUUGAGAAUAUUCAUAUUUUUGCGAACAUUUUGUUACAUUACACAUGCGACAAAUUGGCGGUAAAUAAUUUUCAAAUUCAUUGGAAUUCAACUUUGAUCUAUUUUUCUUUCCUUUUUUAUUGCAAACAAGUGAUUGAUCAAAAUAAUGUGAUUUUAUAUUUGCCAAUAGUAUGAAUGAAGUCUGAAUAUUGUAGGCAUUCCGUGAAAUUCAAAUUUGCCUUCCUCUUUCAAGUCGAGCUCGAAUCUCUUAGAAUAACGAAUUAUUUUAAUUAUGAAUUUUCAAUCGUUUUACGCAUAUUAUAUGCAUACUAAACUGUAUUUCCUAUAUCUAUCUAAUAUGGUCUAAUAUCUGAAAAUGAAGUAUUUGAUUUUGAUUGUUUUUUACCGAUAAACUUAACUAGUUUUUUGUAGAAAAGUUAUAUUGCGAAGUGAUGUUCUAUCGAUAUUAUUAUCGAAAUAAUGCAUCGAUAGUAUAGUAAACUAGUUUUAUUUUACAUUAAGUAUACUUUUCAGUCUGACUAGAACAACGUUAGGACACAGUUGUGAUGUUCAAAGCUGUAAACUAUGCGAAACAUAAGUGUAUAAAGCGGAUUUUAAGAUAUUGUUUCAAUGUACGUGUUUGAUGAAACAUAGUAUUGUUCAUGUUGCAUAUACAAUUUAUUCAUGUCUUCAAUGAAAAAUUCUUUCUCUGGCGAUUCGAACAAAUGCCAGGAUACUCGGCGAUAGUCACUGAUCGCUAUAUAGAAAUAAAUUGUCUCGGCUAGUAGAAACUUAUUUGGAAAUUUUCUAGUGGAAAAUUAGCUACAAAACAAAGAGAAGCUACAGAAAACUAGCUACAAAAAUUUUUCUAAUACUAGGUAAUAGUUACGUAUAUAGACCACUUUUAACGUUCCUAUAUUGAUACUUUUUUUUAACU